GGGGUAAGAGGGAGGGUCUUCACCGCGGUAGGGCGGGUGCUGUACGCCAGCGCAGUCUGCUCGGUUUGGGUUAGCCCGGCGCGGCUACUGAGCCGGGUCCUUGGAAGGCGGGUGGGGAAGGGACAUCGUGUCCUCUAGACAGCCCUGCGGCCGAAGAGGAAGCAGAGAUGGAGCGAUUGCUCUCUCUGCCUCGGUCCCAGGUGGUCUGCAGCCGCCACCCUCUGCUGGCCUCUCGUUUCCUCCGUGCGCGCCUCCAGGAACAAGGUCCUUUAUUAUCGCUACCGGAGGCCCGGGGUUGAUCACGCGGCCGCGUGGCCCCAGAGCCACCAGAAGGAAGCAGAGCGUCUUACAACUUGGUGCCACGAUGCUAGCUGCCCGUCUCUCCAGACCCCUGUCACAGCUCCCAGGAAAAGCCCUAAGUGUCCGUGACAGAGAAAAUGGGACAAGACACACACUGUUGUUUUAUCCAGCAUCCUUCAGCCCUGACACCCGUCGGACCUACGCCAGUCAGGCAGAUGCGGCUAGUGGCAAAGCUAUCCUGAUCACAGGCUGUGACUCUGGAUUUGGGUUCUCACUGGCCAAGCAUCUGCACUCAAAAGGCUUCCUUGUAUUUGCUGGCUGUUUGAUGAAGGACAAAGGUGAUGCUGGGGUCAAGGAACUGGACAGCUUGAAGAGUGACCGACUGAGAACCAUCCAGCUCAAUGUCUGCAACAGUGAAGAGGUGGAGAAGGCGGUGGAGACGAUCCGCUCCGGCCUGAAAGAUCCUGAGAAGGGAAUGUGGGGCCUGGUUAACAACGCAGGCAUCUCAACGUUUGGGGAGGUGGAGUUCACCAGCAUGGAGACAUAUAAGGAGGUGGCUGAAGUGAACCUCUGGGGAACCGUGCGCACCACAAAAUCCUUCCUUCCCCUUCUCCGAAGAGCCAAAGGUCGCGUCGUUAACAUCAGCAGCAUGCUGGGCCGCAUGGCCAACCCCGCCCGCUCGCCAUACUGCAUCACCAAGUUUGGGAUCGAGGCUUUCUCGGACUGCCUGCGCUAUGAGAUGCACCCUCUGGGUGUCAAGGUCAGUGUGGUGGAACCUGGCAACUUCAUAGCGGCCACCAGUCUCUACAGCCCCGAGCGCAUCCAGGCCAUCGCCAAGAAGAUGUGGGAUGACCUGCCUGAGGUCGUCCGCAAGGACUAUGGCAGGAAGUACUUCGAUGAAAAGAUUGCCAAGAUGGAAACCUACUGCAACAGCGGUUCCACAGAUACUUCCUCUGUCAUCAACGCUGUCACACACGCCUUGACCGCCGCCACCCCGUAUACCCGCUACCAUCCCAUGGACUACUACUGGUGGCUUCGGAUGCAGAUCAUGACCCAUUUUCCUGGAGCCAUCUCUGACAAGAUCUACAUACACUGAAGAGCUGAAGAGGUCCCUUCGGUCUCCGCCAGGGAACCUGGUGGGAGGGAGAAAGAUGAGGGGAGGGAGUUUACCUUUUGAUUAGCUGUUGAGGAUUACCCACUGUCUUAGGAAGACCUAUUUUAACCUUACGUGUUCAAUGUGGUGAAUGGUUUGGGCCUUCACAAAUUAGGGGGGGGGCGGGCGGAGGGCGCAGGUGGGUGGCCCUAAACCUCAGGGCCAAUAUGGUGCUUCUAUCUAUCUCGAGUUGAUUUUAUAUAAAGAUUUGUGGGGAAAUAUCUUUAUAUUAAAAGCAGGUUAUUGGAAUAGAAUCCAAAAUCAUUUUCCAGCCAAAACAUCCAUUCGAAAUCUGUAUCCCAUUUGAUCCUUAUGUAAGUCUCAUGAGUAAACAGAACAGAAUUUUUUUUUCUUGUGUGCAUGAAAGAAUUUGCAGAUCGCAGAGGACAUACGAGACACCUCUUUCAUUGUGUCCACGGAGUCCCGCCAGUGUUACGGCAAAGGCAAAUCACAUUUGUGUCCCACAGACACUUGAACCCAUCAGUCCAGUAACCCUGUGACCAACUCUGUACCUUCUCCUGAGCCAGUCACACCAAAGGUCACUGUGUGCUAUGUCUCUGUGCGUCCGUAGCUCUGUGUGACUGGUGGCCAGCAGUCAGUGACUCUCUGCUGGCUCCAGGUGGGGGAAUCCAGAGACUUUUCAGCUGAGAUCUUGACAUUCUCAUUAAAGAUUCGAGUUAGGUCUGGGUGAAGAUGCUGUCCGGCUAAGAGCGCAGCUUGGUUUUGCCUAGGACAGGAUUGGUGCUAUGCUUGGUGCUGCAAACAGACCAGUGGUGCCAAGGCUGGGCACUGAGACACUUGCCCAGCAAUGGGUCUAGAUGCCUGUUGUCUUGUGUGCUCAUGUGGUGCUCCCACAUGUGGGUGCGUGUGUGCAUGCACUCACACACACACACACACAUCACACACACACACACACAUCACACACACACACACACACCUGCUCCAUAGACUUCAGGGUGGUCACCUCUUCUUUGUAUUGGGAACUUCUUUUUAAUUAAACUGAGACACAGUUAGAGAGCCUGUGUUCUCAAUCAAGGGACUUUUGCAUUUGAAGGCUGCUUGUCCCUGAAGUUUCCUAGGGUCUCAGUAUUUGGAUCCAAACCAAAUCCCACCACGUUCCAGGUGGCAGCAAGUCUUGGGCCGGGUAUUUAAGUGCCAGCUUUACACACAUCUCAGCUUUACACUUUUGUGCAUCUUGUUGCAAAGUCUAGGACUGCCACUAGAGGGCGCGCUGCCCCCUCAACUGGAGCCUGCUCAGGCCCGGGCGUUUUCGUUCACACAAACUUGGGGUCUUUUCAAGAGUGUUUGACCACCUACUUGGACACUGCCAGGGAACAAAGAGAAGAGCAAAGACCCCCUUGGAAACCGAUCCUACACUCCUGGCAGUGUCUAGCCUGAAACUGAAGCCCAGCGCCAGGAGAAAGCAAAGGAACCUGGACAGCCACAGGCGGGUGCAGGCAGUGCUGAGACAAAGAGGGUCCCACAGAGAGCGAAUUCAGCCUGCCGGUUUGGGCUUUUAACCCCUCUGGAUACAAACAGAGGUGCACUGUUCUAGCUCCUGUCUUCAAAGCAAAGUAGAUAGGGCCUGAGAGGGAAGGUGAGAGGGAGCCAGGGCCCCAGGGUCCACGAAUUUACCUGACAGCGGGAUGCAUUUGUACUGCAGAGCCUGCCUCCUGCUGGCGUCUUUCAGUGGCAUUUUACACCUUGGGAGAAUUUGUAUCCGUGUUUAAUAAAGAGAUUGGUCAUAACA